CUUCGUCCAGGGCGUUCCCGCUGGACGUAUCUACGAACCCAGCACUCGAAACUCCAAUAGACACGAUAGUACAAGCAGAAAGAAAUAUCCGGCAUAACAAUGUGUCCUCCAGCCGGCUCCGAGCACGCCGACAUGGCCGUGACGAACGUGCCAGAUGGGAAGAAGCAGUUGGCGUCGCUGUCGCAGAUGCACGAUGCCUCGAAGGAUGCGGAGCUGCUGUCCCAUUUGAAGUUGAUGAGGCUCGAGGAUGAGGCGCUUGCUCAGGCGCUGGCGGUGGAACGGCGUGAAGCAGAUGCGACCAUCGAGCGGAUCCAUCGUGCCAACAACUUCCGCAUCGAUGAGGCCCACAUCCGCGAAGCCAACAUCGCCGAAGCCCAAUUUCUCGCCGACAUGCAGGAUCUGGAGCGCAAGUGGAUCGCCCGGCGCCAGGAAGAGGAGGCAGCGGACCUCAAAGAGGAAGAAGAGACGCAACGCAUGCUCAACAAAGUCACCCAAGAACUGCGUGCCCUCAAACUCGGCGUGCGACAACGCGAGGAGGCCCGACAGCGGGUGAUUUCUGUUAAGCGCCGCUUGCAGGAACGUAGAGCUACUCAACAGAUUCGCAUGCAAGCUCUGGAAGUUCGACAGCAGCGAGAACGCCAAGCGUUGCAGGAAUCGCAUGCCAGGAUCAUCAAGAAUACGAGUUUGUACCGGAACCUUCUGUUGCAGGAAUACGAAGACUCCGAGCUCAAAGGCCUAAUCAUCAAUUCCUCCGGCUCAAGCGACCGCCUCAACGAGCUCCAGCAAGACCGUCUCGACUCUGACAAAGUGCACGAAAGCAAAAUGCUCCAGCUAAAACUGCGUAUGCAAAAGGAGGUCGAGCAGCUACGUGAAGAGCAUCUCCUCCGCUUGAAACAUAUGCUCAAGACCAGCGAGCUUGAACUUAACUGUGUGGAGGAGAUGGAGACGCUGGCUGCUGAGCAUAUGGUCGAGGAGUUGGCGAAGGAGGCGGAGCAGAAGAAGGAAGGGGAGGAGUUGGAGGAGAGUUUGGAUACGCAGUUGGGGCAGAUUAAGUCUUUCCAGGUCCAACGCCAACUCCAGAUGAAGGCUCAGCGAGUGGUGCACAGUCAACGUCAGGAAGCCCGUCAGCUCGUCAGGUACAUAGAUACACGCCAACCGUUGCCAUUUGCCAUACAACACAUGUUCCCUCGACCCUCAUUCCAAAAUUCCAAAAUUGCCGUUCGUGACCAUCCCACUGAUUGCAUCUGUCAUCCCAUUCCGGCAACCUCUGAACAGAGCGCACAAAGUCGCCGCCAAGCAGCGCGAACGCCUCUUCAUCGAAGCCGAAGAAGAGCUCGCGGAAGAGCGUCGCCAACUGGAAGUCAGCGGCGACAUUGAUGCCGAAGAGGCCUACUCGGCCCACCGCCGUGACAGCGAGAUGGGCAGCGAGUACAGCGGCGUCAGCGGCGGUGGCGAUGAGCGUCGCAAGAAUGGAAGCGGGUCGGUUGCUGAUAGGAGCGAUUAUAGUGGGACUGGGACGGACUUCUCGGAUGCGUCGGAGAUGACGUCCGGGACGAAUGC